UGCCGGAGAAUAGGAUGGGAGUAGGCUGGGUCUGGGUGCAGAGGCAGAAUUGCACGGUACUACGUCUGGGAAUAUUCGCGCACGGUGGAGAACGCGCCUCACAGCUCCUCUGCUUCGAAUAGUAGGUUUGUAUAGGGUUUACUAAUACUUAUCAGUUUUAUGUUAAUUCUUUAAUAAAUGCGGGUUUUUCUGAGGUGGUGGAGCCUCGUUUAACAAAUCCAACGAGUUUCAAUUCAACAGCAGCCUAACCGACUGCUAUUCAUGGUUAAUCUUCUCCGGCAAGGACGAGCUACUGAAUAACCACAGCCUGAGUCACCAAGGUAUCAAGUUACCAUCCUAGGGUGUCUGUGUGAUGCCCCCUACUAGUGGGUCCCCUCCAAGUGUGUGAUGCAUCAUGGCUCCGGUGCUGAGUGCCUUGUGGGAACUGGGGGUCGUGGGGUCAGGGGACGCCAUGGCGACGUCCUUAGGCAACGAGCAGCUGGUCCUAGUGGGCACCCUGAUGACCAUCUCUGCCUUCUUGCUGCUCUCACUGCUACUGCUGCUGUGUGCAGGCUGCCAGGGGUGUCUGAGAGAGAGACAUUUACCGGUAGUCAGUCUGUGGACAGCCCAGGGACUGACCUAUUGGUGAGCAGCUCACACAACGGUCCAUUAACCAGUGGUACAGUGUUGACAGACACCCAGGACAGCAGUCCCCAGCCCUCUGAGGAGAUGCUGUCCAGUCAGUCAGAGCUGCGGAGUUCCAAGUGUCCCCAGGACCGCGAGCUGCCCAGCAUCCCACCCAACAGCGCCCUGAACGGGAUGGGAUCUUCCAGCGGACCCCUUCUCCCUCUCUCUGGAGACGGCACCUACGAGGUGGUGAAGGAGAGAGGUGGCGACUUGACGGCGUCCCGGGACGUAAGCGUUGAGGACUCCCUGUACGAGACAGUCAAAGAGUUGAAGGACCAUCCAGGAAGCAUGGCUGCAGGUCUACCCAACGGACACGGUACUACGUCCCCCCUCAGCCCUGAUGACAAUGAAAUUUCCCACAACCACCUCCCACCUCCCAACAACCCUCCAGCCCUCCACAACGGCCACCUAAGCCCCGGCACCCCAGAACGGGGGCCCCUGUGCGCGGGAGUGGAGUACGCCUCAGUGAAUCUGAACAAGAAGAGCCGUUACAGUGCAGACCUGGAGACCAGGCGCUCAGCCACCAUCGCUGCUGCUGUGAACCCCACAGAGGAGCCUGAGGAGGAGGACAGACCCCCGCCUGUACCUGACAAGGUGCUGGAUGAGAACGACAACCAGCCUACCAUGAUGGACGCAGGAGCGGUGGUGGUACUGGGGGCCGCGCUACAAAACGGAGAGUUAGACUUUCCGCUGUCUACCUCACCGUGGCGAGACAACCCCGUGGUGUCAGAGAGCGAGCUGUCAGACAUGUACUCCAUGGUGGGGAAGCCAGGUCUAGAUGUGGAGGAGAAGGAGAGUGACUACAGCAGCAUUGCUGAUAUCAAGGGUCUGGUCCCCGAGUAUUCCUCCAGUGAUCUCUAUGCUACCGUCAGUGACAUCUACCCCCAGCCCAGAGAGGGGGAGUCAGACCCCCAGGGACCCCCCACAGAGAGCAUCGAGCCUGGCUACGAGAUCAUCCACAUCCCUAAGACUGACAGUGGAGAGGACUUGGGGCUGGGGAACCAGGUUCAGGAGCCAGACUAUGAGAGUGUAGGUGAGCUGGCCCUUGGGUUGAACAGGGAGAGCUCCCGUCUCUGACUGCCUAUGGGCCCUAAAGCCUGAGUCUCUGGGGCCUCACCCUCAACCCCAGCCAUUAACCUCACUCCUAGCCUCACCCUCAACCCCAGCCAUUACUCUCACUUCUAGCCUCAACCCCAUCCCAGCCAUUAACCUCACUCCUAGCCUCACCCCCAACCCCAGCCAUUAGCCUAACUCCUAGCCUCACCCUCAACCCCAGCCAUUAGCCUAACUCCUAGCCUCAACCCCAGCCAUUAGCCUAACUCCUAGCCUCACCCUCAACCCCAGCCGUUAGCCUAACUCCUAACCUCACCCUCAACCCCAGCCGUUAGCCUAACUCCUAGCCUCACCCUCAACCACAGCCGUUAGCCUAACUCCUAACCUCACCCUCAACCACAGCCAUUAGCCUAACUCCUAGCCUCACUCUCAAACCCAGCCAUUAGCCUAACUCCUAGCCUCACCCUCAACCACAGCCAUUAGCCUAACUCCUAGCCUCACCCUCAACCACAGCCAUUAGCCUAACUCCUAACCUCACCCUCAACCCCAGCCGUUAGCCUAACUCCUAGCCUCACCCUCAACCACAGCCGUUAGCCUAACUCCUAACCUCACCCUCAACCACAGCCAUUAGCCUAACUCCUAGCCUCACUCUCAAACCCAGCCAUUAGCCUAACUCCUAACCUCACUCUCAACCCCAGCCAUUAGCCUAACUCCUAGCCUCACUCUCAACCCCAGCCGUUAGCCUAACUCCUAACCUCACCCUCAACCCCAGCCGUUAGCCUAACUCCUAACCUCACUCUCAACCCCAGCCAUUAGCCUAACUCCUAGCCUCAACCCCAGCCAUUAGCCUAACUCCUAGCCUCAACCCCAGCCAUUAGCCCAACUCCUAGCCUCAACCCCAGCCAUUAGCCUAACUCCUAGCCUCACUCUCACUCUCAACCCCAGCCGUUAGCCUAACUCCUAGCCUCACUCUCAACCCCAGCCAUUAGCCUAACUCCUAGCCUCACUCUCAACCCCAGCCAUUAGCCUAACUCCUAGCCUCACUCUCAACCCCAGCCAUUAGCCUAACUCCUAGCCUCACUCUCAACCCCAGCCAUUAGCCUAACUCCUAGCCUCACUCUCAACCCCAGCCAUUAGCCUAACUCCUAGCCUCAACCCCAGCCAUUAGCCUAACUCCUAGUCUCACCCACAACCCCAGCCAUUAGCCUAACUCCUAGCCUCACCCUCAACCCCAGCCAUUAGCCUAACUCCUAGUCUCACUCUCAACCCCAGCUAUUAGCCUAACUCCUAGCCUCACCCUCAACCACAGCCAUUAGCCUAACUCCUAGCCUCACUCUCACUCUCAACCCCAGCCAUUAGCCUAACUCCUAGUCUCACUCUCAACCCCAGCCAUUAGCCUAACUCCUAGCCUCACUCUCAACCCCAGCCAUUAGCCUAACUCCUAGCCUCACUCUCAACCCCAGCCAUUAGCCUAACUCCUAGCCUCACUCUCAACCCCAGCCAUUAGCCUAACUCCUAGCCUCACUCUCAACCACAGCCGUUAGCCUAACUCCUACCCUCAACCCCAGCCAUUAGCCUAACUCCUAGCCUCACCCUCAACCCCAGCCAUUAGCCUAACUCCUAGUCUCACUCUCAACCCCAGCCAUUAGCCUAACUCCUAGCCUCACUCUCAACCCCAGCCAUUAGCCUAACUCCUAGUCUCACUCUCAACCCCAGCCAUUAGCCUAACUCCUAGCCUCACUCUCAACCCCAGCCGUUAGCCUAACUCCUAGCCUCACCCUCAACCCCAGCCAUUAGCCUAACUCCUAGUCUCACUCUCAACCCCAGCCAUUAGCCUAACUCCUAGCCUCACUCUCAACCCCAGCCGUUAGCCUAACUCCUAGUCUCACUCUCAACCCCAGCCGUUAGCCUAACUCCUAGCCUCAACCCCAGCCGUUAGCCUAACUCCUAGCCUCAACCCCAGCCGUUAGCCUAACUCCUAGCCUCAACCCCAGCCGUUAGCCUAACUCCUAGCCUCAACCCCAGCCGUUAGCCUAACUCCUAGCCUCAACCCCAGCCGUUAGCCUAACUCCUAGCCUCAACCCCAGCCGUUAGCCUAACUCCUAGCCUCAACCCCAGCCGUUAGCCUAACUCCUAGCCUCAACCCCAGCCGUUAGCCUAACUCCUAGCCUCAACCCCAGCCGUUAGCCUAACUCCUAGCCUCAACCCCAGCCGUUAGCCUAACUCCUAGCCUCAACCCCAGCCGUUAGCCUAACUCCUAGUCUCACCCCCAGCCAUUAGCCUAACUCCUAGCCUCAACCCCAGCCGUUAGCCUAACUCCUAGCCUCAACCCCAGCCGUUAGCCUAACUCCUAGUCUCACCCCCAGCCAUUAGCCUAACUCCUAGCCUCAACCCCAGCCGUUAGCCUAACUCCUAGCCUCAACCCCAGCCGUUAGCCUAACUCCUAGUCUCACCCCCAGCCAUUAGCCUAACUCCUAGCCUCAACCCCAGCCGUUAGCCUAACUCCUAGCCUCACUCUCAACCCCAGCCGUUAGCCUAACUCCUAGUCUCAACCCCAGCCGUUAGCCUAACUCCUAGCCUCAACCCCAGCCGUUAGCCUAACUCCUAGCCUCAACCCCAGCCGUUAGCCUAACUCCUAGCCUCAACCCCAGCCGUUAGCCUAACUCCUAGCCUCAACCCCAGCCGUUAGCCUAACUCCUAGCCUCAACCCCAGCCGUUAGCCUAACUCCUAGCCUCAACCCCAGCCGUUAGCCUAACUCCUAGCCUCAACCCCAGCCGUUAGCCUAACUCCUAGUCUCACCCACAACCAGCAGCCCUGAUGUGAGGGACACCACCACAUGGUUCUGAACUACAACCUUCAACCCUACCAUCUAUCACCAAUUCAGGGUUUCCGCUCACUGCCCCCUCAGUGCAGUUUGGGUGCGCCCACCGCCCAAGGUUAUCUGAUUGAACUAUAAUCUUAACUCGCCCUCGUCCAUUCAUGGUGCCCUUAAAUUACAAUGUACGCAGGGUGCUGUCAUUUCAUUGAUAUCUGAACUAUGAAAUCACCGGCCAUUGUCAAGUGAUUGGCCUCCGUCCUCUUUGUUAUCAUCGACUGCUGUCAAUGUGGGAAGGGAAGGGAAAGGACAUGAAUUAAAUGCACUAGAUUAUCCAUCACCAUCAUAAUCACUUUAUCAGACUACAGAGUGAUCCAUUCCUAGGCAUUUAUAACCAGUCAUUACAAAUUGAGUUGAUGUUAUAAGGCUGGUGAGAAGCUGACUGGCCAGUUACAUUUGUCAGUGCCUUUUGAUUGAAAACCACUGAGUCUUUGUGCCAUAAUGUCGUUCUAUAAAGGUAUGAGUUAAAGGUUUCCCCACAAUGUAGUGGCACUUUUUAUAUCCUCCGUUCUUCCUUCCUAGUGCCCCGUUUCAUUCAGAAAUUCAUGCGAGAUAUGACAGAUAUGGGCGAUAUGAGAGAUGUGGGCGAUAUGCGAGAUAUGACAGAUAUCAGAGAUAUGGGCGAUAUGAGAGAUAUGACAGAUAUGGGCGAUAUGAGAGAUAUGGGCGAUAUGAGAGAUA